AGACGUAAUAGCGAUUAGACGUCGCGACCACUAGUGACCAUGGAUUUGCAAACCAGCAGCAGGAAAACGCAUUCCCAUUCGUUCAUACAACCAAUUUAUAUGCCACCACUACACCGCCAACGGGCAUCCCGAUUCAUACUAUUAAACUUUUCUCUUUUCCUUCUUCUUCUUCUUCCUCAACUUCCAAAAACAUGGCUUCUUUAACAGGCAUCACUGCCCAUAUCCUCUCUCCACUUACCAAACCCACCACAGAAUCAAAGAAUCCCAAUUCAUUUUGCAUCACUCUUUCGCUCCCUUCUUCCCGAAUCUUGUCCAAAUCAAACCCAUCUCUGAAUUCAGUUCUUUCCACCAAAAAGAGGCCCAAUUGGGCUGUUAACUCGGUCGCGGAGGACAGGGAGGUGGUUACUGCGGAGGCCAGGGUUUUAAAGGAUAAAGAAGAAGAACCCAAUGUUGGGAUUGGACAGGAAUUGGAGGGAGAGAACCGUAUGCCUAGUUUUGGGUCUGAAGAUUAUGAUAAGUUUGUGGGUAGGGGAAUUAAUGCUGCUAUUGUUCUGGGUUUUGGUACUAUUGCUAUCACCAAGUUGCUCACCAUUGAUCAUGAUUAUUGGCAAGGAUGGACCCUCUAUGAGGUACUGAGAUAUGCACCUGAACACAAUUGGGUUGCCUAUGAAGAAGCUCUUAAAUCAAACCCGGUAUUAGCGAAAAUGGUGAUUAGUGGAGUUGUCUACUCAAUAGGAGAUUGGAUUGCUCAAUGUUAUGAAGGGAAACCGCUUUUUGAAUUUGAUCGGACACGUAUGUUUAGAUCAGGCCUUGUUGGGUUCUUGCUUCAUGGGUUCCUUUCUCAUUAUUAUUACCAGUUCUGCGAGGCUCUUAUCCCUUUUGAUGAUUGGUGGGUAGUCCCUGCAAAAGUGGCAUUUGACCAAACUGCAUGGGCAGCACUUUGGAACAGCAUCUAUUUCGUUGUUUUGGGUUUCUUGCGUCUGGAGUCCCCAGAAAAUACUUUUAACGAACUGAAGGCAACCUUUUGGCCAAUGUUGACUGCAGGAUGGAAGCUAUGGCCUUUUGCUCAUUUGAUUACCUAUGGCGUGGUCCCCAUAGAGCAAAGGCUUCUUUGGGUGGACUGCGUGGAGCUCAUCUGGGUUACCAUACUAUCCACUUAUUCAAACGAGAAAGCUGACAUUCGAAUAUCAGAAGCAUCAAUGGAAGCAAAGUCCGGUUCACCAAGCAAUUCCCACAAGGAGUGAUUGUGUAAAUGACUUGAAAGUACAUACAAUUGAACCAUGUGUAAGUUUUAUGGUGAAAUAGCAGUUGGAAGAGGGUUACCGAAAUCAUCAUUUCCGUUGUUUCAAGACGGAGAUAUGCUUGUACGAAGAACGUGCUCAUAAUUGGCGAUCUUUGUCUACCGGGCUGCUGUAGGUUAUGGACGCUAAACCACUUUUAAUCUAAUACCAUUGACUAUUUAUCUUUUUCUUUCCUUUUUUUGUAUUUGUAUUUUGAUUGUCGGGAUAGGAGGGGAAGCUAAAAUGUAUUGUAAGAAGAAGCUUGUGAUAGUACAACAAUACCGUGUGUAAUUCUUUUUUUGUGUUAGCAUUUGUUCUUGAGUUGAGAUACAUAUGAGACAUACCAAUUCCUCUUUCAUGUUUACUAGAUGUUCAGGCUCGUCUAAA